AUGGCGCAAACGCUUCCUUGUCGGCAUGUUCCCAUCCCCGUCCCCGGCCCAUCGAUCCCCAUUGUCAAUGACCGAGGAGAACUAACACGCUCGGUUCUAGGCCGUGACCUGCAGGGCUAUACUUUCUGGGAGUUUCGAGAGUCCCGGGGAAAUGGCCCCGGCCGCUUCCGCCGCAUUGUCAACUAUCCCCGAUCAACCUACCUCUCCGACGUGAAGACAGGAGCGGAUGAAAGUCAGCAGACUGGUCAACCUCUGCCGUCUUUGAACACUGCCCAGUCACAGCCCACGGCGCCGGAACUGAAAGCAGCCAAUACGAACGCGAAGACGACAGAAACGCCAGAGGAUCAGGCUCAACUUGCGACCGAUGCGAAGAAGAAAUAUGGCAAGGACCCUUGGGCGAAAGCCAGUGGGCCAAGCGAGGGCUGGCAGCCAGAAGCUUGGGUUCCGCCAUCAGGGAAGAAAUAA